AUGCCUUCCUAUCAUAGCUGGGGGCCAAAUGGCCAGCAUUCUCGCCUUCCUCCUACUCCUCCAGAGUACCAGACUGACUACCUCGCAUCAAUGAGUGCCGCUGGUGAUAAUGGCUUCUAUCCUUCCCAUGCAUUUGGGGGCCGUCGGUCUCUCUCCACGCGGGAAUACAACGACCGAUAUCAGCCUCCUCCGGCAUACACGGCUCAGCAGCCUUUGAACGGACAAGGCGGGCGUCACGGGCAUGCUCACACGUCGCGAGAAUACCCCUACUCCCAAUCCUAUGGUCAGCAUGGCAAUCAGUAUGGAUUCACGACCGCUAGCGCUCCUAUCUUGCCUCCCAUUCGGGUAACCGAGCCUCUGGAUCCUUAUUCGACUCACUAUGCGCCCCAGCAUACCGAGACAAAGCCUAAGGAGGACAAGCCUACAGGGGGAGUCGCCCAGCAUCUGGACUAUGACAUGGAUCUGAUGUCCAACUUUGUUGCUGACAUGUCCCAAAAACUUGUGACGCCGGAAUCUGCGCCGACGCCGCAGUUUCGAAAAUACGUCUCCCAGAUCCUCUCAUCCACUCGCCUGCCGAGUUCCACCAUUAUGCUCGGGUUAUUCUACCUGUCGUCGCGGAUGAAGUCCGUUAACGAACGUGCCCGAUCGACUUCGUCCUCUGGCAUCCUCUACCGCAUGCUGACGACCUGUCUCUUGUUGGGCAGCAAGUUUCUUGACGACAACACGUUCCAGAAUAGAUCCUGGGCUGAAGUCAGCAGCAUCCCAGUGCAUGAAUUGAACAUGAUGGAACUGCAGUGGCUAACAGACUUCAAUUGGGAAAUUCACGGGAUGAUGUAUGAUAAAGACGAAGGCUUUUUCAUGUGGGUGGAACACUGGCACGCCUACGAGGAGCAGGCUCAGCUCGCCAAAGUCAAGGAGAUGCAAAAGUUGGCCCCGCUGGAUACAAACCUCCAUCGCAGUCACUCGGUACAGCAUCAGCCACUCAUGUCUCCGGAAGGCCCCAUUCCUCCUCAGUACCAACAAGGCUCGCAGUUUGACACACGAUGGGUGCGGCCCUACAUCUCGGAAUACUCGCCUCCGUCGGCUCCUCACAGUGGUCCGUCGACACCUGACUACUACACGCCUACAUGGUCUUACACACCUACUGGUCCAGCGGCAUAUGGUCGUCAAAGUUAUCAUUCUGGGGCGGCGCCGGCGUUCUCGUCUCAGCGUAGCCACGCCCCCGCGUACAGCCACGCCUAUUCCUAUCCUACCAGUUUGACCCCGGCCAACUGGAUUCCGCACGGACCAAACUGCAACUGCUCUCUUCAUGCGAAACAUUCCGAAUAUUACUUCAGUCAUGGGGGGUAUCCUGUCCAGACUGUCGUAAGUUGA